ACCGAGAUUACUAAUUUUCCAGGAUGGAUCUUCGGCGCUUGAAUGGCGGCGGCGGCGGCGGCAGCAGCGACCACUCCUCGGCCGAAUGGUCGACGGAAGAAUGGGUUUUACGAAUGUGCGCAAUUGUCCUGCUCCUAAGUCUUGCGGCCAUUUUCUCCGGUCUGACGCUGGGUCUCAUGGCGCUCGACAAGAACGGGCUCCAGAUCGUAAUUGAAGCGGGCGAGGAAGCACAUGCGACGGAACAAGAGAAAGCCAACGCGCAGAAUGCAAGGAAGAUUCAAAGGGUGCGUCGUGAUGGCCAUUUGCUGCUCGCGACGCUCUUGUUUGGGAACGUGGCCGUGAACUCGGUGCUUGCGAUCAUCAUGGCUGACAUGACGUCAGGAACACUGGGGUUUCUCCUUACGACGUUCUUGCUGGUCGUGUUUGGCGAGUUGAUUCCGCAAGCGCUGUGCUCGCGCCAUGCUCUGUACAUCGGCGCCAAGUCGCUACCGAUCGUUUGGUUCUUCAUCUACCUCAUGUACAUCAUCACCAAGCCGAUCGCGCUCACCCUGGACUGGAUGCUCGGCCACGAAAUCGGCACGAUCUUCAACAAGCGUGAGCUGGGCAAGAUGCUCGAAAUCUACGUCAAACACAACAUGCUGGACGCGGACGAGACGGACAUCAUGAAGGGCGCGAUGCACUACAAGAAGAAAACCGUCGCGAGCGUCAUGACCCCCAUUGAAAACGUGUACACGCUGCCGGGGUCGACCAAGCUCACGCAGGCCACGAUUCGAGACAUUUACCAUCAAGGGUUUAGCCGCAUUCCUGUUUGGGGCAAAAACAUCCAUGACAUCGUCGGGAUCAUCUUCGUCAAGGAUCUCAUCUUUGCCGACCCCGCGGAAGAGACGACAUUGCUCCACUUUGUGCACGUGUUUGGCCGAGGCGUGCACCGCGUAUGGCCCGACUCGACGCUCGGAGAAGUUCUGCAAGCAUUCAAGAUGGGUCGAACACACUUGGCCCUUGUGCAUGACGUCAACAACGCUGGCCCGGGGGAUCCGUUUUAUCAAACCAAGGGGGUCGUGACGCUGGAGGACAUUGUCGAAGAGAUCUUGCAAGCUGAAAUCUACGAUGAAAGCGACGCGAUCGAUGCGGAAACACAUCGAAAGAAUCGCCUGAGCAACCGAAGUUAUGACGCGGGGGUGUCGCAUGUACUGGAAGGCAGCGAGAAGACCAAGCUUCUCGCCACGCCCGAGGCAGAGGCGCUGGCCAAGCACUUGGUUGCCCACGAGCCUGUGUUUAUGACGUCCAACUAUCAAGGCACGCCGCUGGACGAGUCCCAAGUCGCUGCGAUUUUGGCCAAAAGUCACAUUGUGGAAUACGAUGCACGCGCUGACGACGUGGCGCACGCCGAGUUGUACACGGAAGGGAAAGUGGCCAACUUUUGUAUGGUUGUGUUGGCCGGCUACGUGAUGGUGUCGUCUGGAGCAGCUUCUCCAACGAAAGGCGGGCUGUGGAGUGUUUUCGGGGCCGACAGCCUCUUGGCCGCGGACGGGUCGUACGAAAGCGACGUGACGGUCGAGAUUCCCCCCGAUGUUCACGUGCGUUGCUUGCGCAUUCCCCGCCUCGAGUUCCAAUCGACGCUCUUCCCCAUGCACAUUGUUGAGAAACCGACCAUGCUGGCCGAGCGCCGCCUGGACCUCCAGAACAGCAAGAAGGACCUCGGCGCCGCGGACGUUGUGCUCGACGUCGCGACACCGACAGCCAACUUUCAAAGCGACAUGGAUGCGACCCAAGUGCCGUAUCACUUGUCCACGAGAGAGUCCAUGUAGCGAAGAGGGACGUCGACAACAUUGUACAUAACACAAACGACGCCAGACGCAUCCAUCCCUUGAGCAUUGUCGCGGCAUGUCAAGGGAGCAGGGAUCGCUGGUAUCUCGGUUGAACGUA